AUGACUCGCUUACGGCAAGUGAUGGUGCUCAGUCGCGAUCUCGCGCGUUCCAAGCAGUUUUUUCAGGAAGGAUUGGGUCUAAAACUCCUUCGCUCGUCAGAUACGUUUGCAGAGUUUGAUAUACAGGCAGGUGUACCAUUAUGCAUCAAGCUGGCGCAGAGUGAAGCUGCUUGUUGUAGUGGCUAUUCACCAUUUUUAAACUUUGAUAUCCGAGACUUAAGUGAUGCUGUACCGAAGCUGCUGAUGCUAGGGGCAACUAUGGAUGGUCCCAUUAAAUACCCAGCCCAUGGAAAGGUCGCAGCUUUACGAUCACCAGAUGGUGUUAUGAUUGGUCUGUACGAACCCAACUCGUGGGAGAACGUAACUGCAGCAUGA